AUGGGCACUCGUUUGCAAGACUGGUCCACCAAAGACGUUGCUGAAUGGCUGCGAAAAGUCGGAUUGUCGCAGCACAUCGAAGUUCUGUGCAACAGAAAUCGCAUCGACGGCCCGGGCCUUCAAUUCAUGUCCAAAAGGAGACUGAGGCGUAUAUUUCCAAAAACGUUUUCGCGGAAUGGGGAACUUACGACGUUAUGGAAUCACAUUGAACAACUUCGAUGCGCAUCAAAAAAUGACCCUCUGGACGAGAAUACAUCCGACGAAUGUGAGGAAUCAGCUCCCGAUGAGACGACAAAACAUCCUAAAUUACCGAUGAAUCAACAAAAACCCGAAGAAAAGCUGCCGAUGUCGAAGACUGCACCGCAUGAACCUGCGAAUCUGUCGUCGGCUGCGCAGAACGAAGGUCGCACAGACACAAAUCUGUAUAUUAUUAAAUAUCCGUCAAAACACGUUAGCGAAAUCGCUGACGUGUAUGUAACACAGUUUUAUUCUUUCGACAAGAUAUACUUCCGAAACGUCGAAGACGAAUCGAUUUAUGUGCAGGAGAUAAAGCCGCUGCUUCAGGAUAUGCUCAGGAGCAAUCGCCAGUUCAUGAAUUACAGAGAUAUGCGUGAGGGCAUCGCGUGCGCCGUGUUUCAUUGCUCCAAAUGGUACAGAGGAACGAUUAUAAAGAAAAUCGCCGAGACCGUGAAACUGCUGCUGAUUGACGUAGGCGAAAGUGUUUUUGUGCCGGUUGGUGACGUAGCAAAGCGUGUAGCGUGGCUUCCAAAACAUGUCUCACUCGCUUUACCUCCAAUGGCUUACCUCUGUUCCUAUCGUCCUAACGACUGGCUGCAACCAUCUGGCAUGACUAUGUAUGCCGUGCAUCUGCUCGCUUCCAGAAAGUGGACUGCCACUUUUGUCGACUGCGGUGUUCCGGCCAAAAUAACGAUGCUUGUAGACAAGGAUUCCGGAAGAGAAUUUGCUGAUUUUUUUAUUUCGAUAUCUGAAGCUGAUGGGAAUAUGCUUAAUGCAUAUUGA